ACAAAGGGUUUGCGUAGUAUAUAAACUCCUCGGAGAAUCAUCUUCUCAGUUCGCUUCGUGUCUUCGGUCCUACAGCAAUAUGAAUUGCCACCAGUUGGCCAAGCUGGUCUUGGUGCUGUCCUGCCUCGGCAGCGAUGUCCUGGCGGGUCUCCUGCCGGCUAGUGGCGCAGGGGGUGGUGCUGGGGGAUAUCAGUACAACCGACCGGGCGGUGGUGGAUUUGGUGGAGGAUACGCAGGUGAUACCGGUUUCGGGGGUGGCAGCCGCGGUGGCGACUUUGGCAUCAGCAGCUACAGAGGAAGACCCGGCCAAGCUUACGGUCCACCCGGAAGUGGCGGCGACUCUUUUGGCAGACCGGGUGCAGCUGGAUUUGGAGGACAAUCGUCGUAUAGACAUCCGCAAUUCGGUGAGAGUGGCAGUGGUGGAUACCAAGACGGUGGUGCCGGAAGAUACCAACAAGGAGGAUAUGGAUAUGGUGGACGCGACGGCGGAAGGCCGCAGCCGUACAGCUUCCAAUACGAGGUCGUCGAUCCGCCAAGUGGUAACGAUUACUCUCAUCGCCAGAGCAGCGACGGUAAUGUCGUUCAAGGAGAGUACAGAGUCUUGUUGCCGGACUCGAGGACGCAGAUCGUUCGGUAUAUGGCUGAUGACGCGAAUGGAUACAACGCAGAGGUUCAAUACGAAGGACAGGCUCGUGGUGGAUACGGAGGAUAUGGAGGAGGAGGACAUCAAGGCGGCGGUUAUCAAGGAGGCAGAGGCGGCGGUUUCGGCGGACACGGUGGUAGUUUUGGAGGCGGCUUCGGUAGCGACGGUGCCAGCAAUCAAUAUUUGCCACCGCACAAUUAUCACAAAUAAUUGUCGUCGACAUGAAGCUACCUUACCAAAAUACGGCAUGUACCGCAUGCAUCUCCGGCGACAAUCAUCACGGACCUCCCUCGUUUACGGCUUUUAUUCUAAAUACAAUAAUCCUUCGCUCACACACAUGAGACACGAACUCUCUCCCGAUCACCUAUGCAUCCCUGUGCAUCCACAAAUCACUCUUUCACCCAUAUUUAACGACUACACAAGAACUAAUUAAGGAUAACUUGCAUAUGCAUGCAUGAGUGUAUGUAUUUAUAUAUAUGAUAUAUAUAAUUUUGUACAUGAUAACUGUAUUAUCAAACAUACGCUUGUAUCUUCCGCUAAGCGAUUAUCAAACUCUUAUGUACGUAUUUAUACGAGCUUGUAGUAAAACAUGAAUGUAAAGUA